AUGAAAGGUAAAUGCGAAAAAAAUGCGUAACAGUUCUAAAUUAAACGUUUUUCAGUGACAAAGGACACUUCGAAGAGGGCUCGAAAAGUUUCGGAAACAAGACUCUCUCCAAAAGACGAACUUUUUCGAGAAACAAUAAGAGUUGAGAUAGAUACUCGCCCUUUCUACUCAUGGAGCAACUCCCAACUCACCCAAGAGGCAACUGAAAUAGGCAAAGCCUUGUCGAAAAAUGUGGCACAAGUCAAGAAAGCCUUGUUGAACCGCAAGAAUUUUGUUGAGCGGAAAAUAAUGGUGAGUAUCAUUGAUUUUUUUUAUCAAAUGACCAUUUUCAAAUGUUCAGGAUUCGCUAAUAAAUUUGGAAAUAACCGACCCCAACUCUCCCAAAAUCAAAGCUGUAUCGGAGGAACUAAACAUCUCACAUCCGAAUGUUUUUUACGUUGCCAGCCAGAAGAUGUCAAUUAUAACGAAGAAAAUAUUCGAGAAAAACACCGCAAAAGCUUGA